GUCGGAAGCCAAGCUGUAUCUAUAUAGGAGCUUUGUUCUGUGACCCGUGAUAUUGCUACCAUCUCAUCUGAAUCCUUACAAGGACAUCCUUUCCUCAAAUGUAAUUUUGGCAGACGUACGUCAGAGCUCACAUUAAUGUACUUGUGAGAAGCUUUUUGAAUUUGAUGCCAUUUGCCAUGGAGGUUGACAUCAGUCCAACCAUAGUGCAAAACACAGUACUCCAAUUUCAGCAGCGGAAUGCCUUCACCUCUGGCUUCGUGGAUGUCGUUGCAGACUAUCAAAAUCUUCUAAGGAGAUGCAAAGAAUCAAAGAUCCGCAACACGCAACUUGAAAAGGAGGCUCUUGAGCUGCGUGCCGAGAACGCGACCCUGCAACAAGCUGUGGAGCAUUCUGCGCAUGCCGCAGUGAGCAACGAGAAGGUGGCGGUUGCAGAAAGCAGGGCCAAAGAGCUGCAGGAGGAGCUGACGGGGGUGUACAAGGAGAAGUCGCGGCUGGCAGAGGAGCUGGUGGCAGCUUCGCGGCAGCUGCAGAUCGUGCGGGACAGCAAUGAGGCGCAGGCCCGAGAGCUAAUUGAUCUGGCGGCGAAGGGCCGAGACAUGCGCGCCCGCAUCAAGGAGCUAUCCGACGCCCUUGAGAAGGAGCAGGCUGCCACCAGCCUGGCCACAGCUGAACUGCAGUCGCGCCUGGAGGAGAAGGAGGCGGCAGAGAAGAGGGCAGCAAAGCUUGAGAACGAGCAGGCUGAGCUCUCCAAGCGGCUGGUCGACCUGAAAAUGAGCGAGAUUGAACGCAUGAAUGAGGUGAAUAGGAUGUGCGAGGAAAUGAUGACCAAUGCGCGCAACAUGGAGCGAGCCGCGGCGGCUAGCUCCGCUUCCUCGUCCCAAGUCGGCCGCUUCCACUCUCUUCCCGCCGGCAGCCUCACGGGCAUGGUGAAUGGCAUCAUGGCAAAGACGAAGGGCGUCAUGCACGGGGCCAUCGAGUCACUCGUCCCCGACGCUCCUCUGCGCUCGGUGCCUGCACAUGAGGGCGGCUGCUACACGCUCGCCUUUGACAGGUCGGGGCAGCGCAUGGCGAGUGGGGGAGCAGACAAAGUGGUGCGGCUGUGGGACGCAUGCAGCGGGCACCAGACGGGCACGCUGCUGGGCAUGACAGAAUCAGUCACAGAGGUGGCCUUCACCUGCGACCAGAAGCACCUGCUGGCUUCCGGCGCUGACAAGGCCGUGCGCAUGUGGGACCUCGCGUCCGGCCGCGUUCGCCACACCCUCACUGGCCACAGCCAGAAGGUGUCCAGCGUGGACUGCAGCCCGCUGGAGCCCAAUCGGGCCGUCACUGCCGGCACGGACCGCUGCAUCAAGGUGUGGGACUUGGGAAGGGGGUACUGCACGAGCACGUUGAUCUGCCACUCCAGCGUGAACAGCGUGAGGCUGACCAUGGACGGCUUCGCGGUGGUGUCCGGCCACUUUGACGGCGCGCUGCGCUUCUGGGAUCUGCGCUCGGGCAAGCUUGCCAACGAGGUGGCCGGCCUGCACACGCAGCAGAUCACCUCUGUCUCCAUCGGCCUCCGCACCGGCUCGGUGCUGACGUGCGGUAAGGACAACGUGGUGAAGGUGACGGACGCGCGCAGCUUCCAGGUGCAGCCGUCCAUGGCCGCGCCGGGCUUUGCCGUGGGCGGCGUAUGGAGCAAGGCCUGCCUGGGCCCCGACGAGCGCCACUGCGCCGCAGGAUCCUCCACCGGCUCAGUCUUUGUCUGGGGGACGGAGAAGGGGAACCUGGUGAAGACGCUGAGGGAGCAGGGCAGCGCGCAGAUCGUGCAGGCGGCAUGCUGGAGCCCCCAGGGAACGCCCCUGGUCUCCGCCAACAAAGAAGGCCUCAUCACCUUCUGGCAGCCCACCCCCGAGGACUCCAGCCACCACGAUCACAGCCAUCAAAGGGGCCACCAUCACCUUCAUGGCAGCCGCCACACCCACUGA